AGCCCCAACCCAACUGGGCUUAAGUAGCCUCACGGAAUCUGAUCUGAGACUCUUGGAUUUCUGAACUUGCUACAGUCCUGAUCCUAGGAUCCUCUUCAAUUCCAACAACAAUGCUACGUCAGACACUUUACAGAUUUGGACAAAAGCUGAUAUGCAGACGUAACCUACAGCAAGACAUAGCUGAAACUGCCCCUACAAGAAACCUGAGAACUCUGGAUUUAGUGGCCCUGGGUUUGGGCCACACAGUGGGUGUAGGUGUGUAUGUGCUGGCUGGUGAGGUGGCCAGCAAUCAAGCAGGACCAUCUGCUAUGAUCUGCUUUUUGAUGGCCGGAUUAUCUUCCGUGUUGGCUGGGCUGUGCUUUGCAGAGUUUGGUGCCCGUGUUCCUUAUUCUGGAUCUGCAUAUCUCUACAGCUAUGUCACUGUAGGUGAACUCUGGGCUUUCAUCACUGGCUGGAACCUCAUUCUGUUCUAUGUUGCUGGUACAGCCAUUGUGGUCUGUGCCUGGACCUUAGUUUUUGACAACCUCCCUGGGAAUGAGAUCUUUCAAACCCUGCGUGAGAGUAUCUCACCCCAUGUUCCUCAUGUUUUUUUACAAUAUCUGGACUUCUUUGUUGUGGGCCUUGUGUUGUUAUUCAUUGGAUUGCUGACUUUCAGGAAUAGUGAGAUUUUCCUGGUUAUCAAAGUGUUUGCAAUGCUGAAAAUUUUGGUUCUUGGUUUUGUCAUCAUCUCUGGCUUCAUUAAGGGGGAUCUGCACAACUGGAGGCUCACAGAAGAGGACUACAUAAUGGCUGAACUCAAUGGCACCUCUAGCUUGGGCCCUCUGGGCUCUGGAGGAUUUGUACCUUUUGGCUUUGAGGGGAUUCUCCGUGGAGCAGCUACCUGUUUCUAUGCACUUAUUGGCUUUGACAACAUUGUUACCAGAGUUGAAGAAGUCCAGAAUCCCCAACGUUCCAUUCCCAUGGGCAUUGUGAUUUCACUGUUCAUCAGCUCUUUGAUGUACUUUGGUAUCUCUUCAGCACUUACACUUAUGGUGCCUUACUACAAGCUUCAACGUGGGAGCACCUUGCCUGAGGCAUUUCUCCAUAUUGGCUGGGCCCCUGCCUACUAUGUUAUAGCUUUUGGAUUCCUCUGUAGUCUUUCUGCCAGCCUCUUGGGCUUUAUGUUCCCCAUACGUCAGAAAACCCGAAGCAAAGCUCCUGGAAGCAGGAGGCAGGACGACCUGCCCGUGAUAUGAAGGCAGACACAGCACAGGAACCAUUCUACCUCUCCAACUUCCAAUGCCAGUACCCUCUUCUAGAAAAGAAUAC